AUGGCGCACGACGCUCCCGCUCCCAACACUGAGUCCACAGAGUCCAUCUCCGAGCCGCGCCCCCCCAGCGCCGCGGGCGACGACGGCGGGAUCCUCAGCCUCCGCGCGCUGAUCAGCACCAAGGACGCGGACACGCUCACGCGCGAGGCGAGCGAGGGCACGCUCGAGCUCGAGGAGGACACCGAGGUGCACAUCAGCGAAGCCACCCCGGGCGCCGCCGACCAGGUCCUCACCGCCACGGGCACCGUCGCGGGCGUAGCCAAGGUCUACGCGCGGAUCGCGGCCCGCCUCGUCUCCCCCGCCGUACGCGCCUCCCCUCCCCCUUCAUCCACGUCCUCCACGUCCAGUCCUCGCCCUGCCCCCCUGACGCUCCGCCUCCUCGCCCCGCACAGGCACCUCGGGACGCUCAUCGGGAAGCACGGGACGAUCAUCCGCGCAAUCGAGGCCGCGUCCGGGGCCCGCAUCGUUGCGCACAAGCGCAUCCUCCCUCGCUCGACCGAGCGCCGCGUCGACGUGUGCGGGGAGGCGGGGGCGGUCGGGGAGGCCGUGGCGCGCGUCGCGGGGUGCUUGAGGGAGGCUGCAGCGCGCGAGGAGACGGUGCUGUUCGAGCCGGGGCCUGCGGCGAGGAUAGAUGAUGACGACGACGCGCGGGGAGAGCCUGUGCCCGAGCGUGAGCCUAUGACCGAGUCUGUACCAGAGCCCGAGCAUGAGCCUGCGCCAGAGCCCGGUCAUGAGCAGGAACCCCACGCCGAACCGCCUGCUGGGAAGAGGGCGCGGAACGGGAGGCGGCGGGAACGCGCUUCAAACACUACGCCGAAACAGAGAGAAAGCGAGGGCAGGGGCGAGGACAAGGACAAGGACAAGGACAAGGACAAGGACAAGGACAAGGACAAGGACAAGGACAAGGACAAGGACAAGGACAAGGACAAGGACAAGGACAAGGACAAGGACAAGGACAAGGGCGGGGGCAAUGGCAAGCACGAGGACGAGUGCGCGCCCGGGCCAGCGCGGCCAUCAUCGUCGACAUCGCAGACGCAGACACAAACCCCAGAGCCCGCGGCGCGCGAGACCCGCAGAAUCGAGAUCCCCGCGGACGUGGUGGGCUACGUGGUGGGCCGGAACGGAACGAACCUCGCGUGGAUCAAGCGAACGGCGCACGCGAAGAUCCAUCUCGCGAGGGCGCCGGCUCGCACUCGGAAGCAGGGGGAAGGGGAGGGGGGAAGGGCCGGGAGUGUGCUGAAGGUCGUGGGGACGGCGGGAGCUGUUGAGACCGCAGUGGCGCUCGUUGAGAAGCGGCUCGAGAGGGAGAGGAGGAGGCGGGCGCGGGGCGGGCGUGAGAGCCAGGGGUCACAGGAGGAGCAGGAAGAGCAGGAAGAGGAAGAGGAAGAGGAAGAGGAAGAGAAAGAGGACGUUCAAAGCGCCCGUCAGGUCGCCGUCCUGUGCGCAGGGCUGGGAGGGUUAUACGGGACCGCCCUCACGAUGCAUACUGCACUUGAGAUCAAGUUUUCCAAGAUUCAGGCCUUCUGA